AUGAAUAAAUUUAAAUGUUUAACUGGAAUUAUAUUUAUGUUGUUAUAUUUACUAAAAAGUUCUAGUGCGGUUAAUAGUUCUAAUAUUGCCGAUUUAGUGAAUAAAAAUUUAAUAAAUAGUGAACAUUAUUGUACUUAUCGGUAUUAUGAGCCGUAUCCGGAGUACCAUUUUCAAUUGUUGGCGGGAUGGUCGUGCUAUAACUAUGCGCAUCCAAAGUGGAUGAAAAAUGGAAAAAUUGAAAAAGCCAAUCAAGGAGUUAUACAUAAUUUGACCCAAUAUAAAAUUCCGUAUAUUGUUGUUAAUAAUAAAAGUGUAGUAUUUGAUUAUAACGAUGCAAAAUACACGGAAAUUAUUAAAAAUCUCCAUGUGGAAGAAAAAUAUUAUGCAAAAUGGUUAAACUGUGCCAGAACAGCAAUGGAGUGCUGUAAACAGUUAAAUAAAAAUGAUCUGAAACCAAAUGACAAUUAUCCCUGUCCAGCAAUAUGGGAUGGUUACACAUGUUACGAAAAAACUAAACCAAAUACCAUUGUAAAGAAACUGUGUCCACUUUAUUUAACAUCAAAUGAUAAAUUUGUCUGCAAUCUUGAAAGUGCAAAAGAAUGCACCGCAGAUGGUUGGAAUCAUCAAACGGAUUAUGCUCUAUGCUCAUCAUCCUUUCGUCUACGAGACCGUCACAUAUUCCAUGUUAUUUUCUUGGCGGUAGCAUCCGCUUUUAUGAUUCCAUCGAUUUUUAUCUUCUUAUAUUACGACAAAUUGAAACAAUGGAGAUUUGUUUUACAUCGUAAUCUUAUUCUGGCGAUAUUCAUAAAGAAUAUUUUGGUAGUUACCUCAAAGAAUUUAAUAAUCAUUAACGCUGUUAAUGUGCAACAAGAGGAGAGUGUUAUGGAUAAUGAUUAUACAUGGUGCCGAGUAUUGACGUUCUUCGAGAAUUUAUCUAAAAAUUUGAUUUUUACCUGUAUGACAGCAGAUGCAACCCAUUCGCAUAAAACAAUUGUAAGAGCAUUUGCAAGAGAUACAAAUGCAUAUAUUAUGUAUGGAAUCAUCGUAGUUGCAUCCACCAUUCCAACUAUAGUCUGGUCCAUCCUAAUGGGGUAAGCGAUGCUGGAAAAUGUUGGGUUUCCGAUAUUGCAGGCUACCAAUGGGUUACUGAUGGAUAUAAAUACGCAUGUUUAGGAAUCAAUGUUGUUUUGUUAUUAGAUAUCAUCCGUGUAUUAUUUAUGAAAUA